AUGAGAUUCGCCCACCCGAAGAGCUCGUUGCCCACAGACUGGAUCGAACACGAGGGCUUCUCCGUCCUCGACAGUGUGCUGGAAUCCCUCCGAUAUGUGGUGGUGAACCAGGUUCCUGCCCCCCGAGUUUUCGAAGUCGCAGUGGACAAUGCGGCUUCGGGGAAAUUGCCGGAGAUGGAUCGCAAAGUUAUAGCCGGCCUUCUGAAGAAAGGCUGUGCAAAAGUACGCCGGCUGCGAGCAAAGACAGAGAUGGAUGGUUGGCUGCAGAAGAAAAAGAAGCCUAAGACGGGCCGCAAUAAGGUUGGCGAAGAGAUCGAUGCUAUGCUUGACGAGAUUGAUAAUGAAGCUCCGCCUGACUGGGAUGAGAUUGAAGAGAACAAAAAGCUGGAGGAGCAGUUUGGUGACUUGAGCCGUUUUACGGCUGAGGAGGUUGAGGACCUGAUGGGAUGCUUGAGUUCUCCAGAGAUGAUUGAUGAGCCGCAGUCUAGCGAUCCUGCAGAUCGUGAGCCCGAGGCGGGCGAUGGAGAUCGUGAGCCCAAGGCGGGCGAUGGAGAUCGUGGGCCCAAUGCGGGCGCUGCCCAGCAGAAGUACGCAGAGGCUCAUUUGAAGAUCUUUGGGUCCGAUGCCAUCACGUUGGAUGAUAGUUCCAGUGAAACCGAUCUGGCUACGAUGGAAGCUUUAGUGGAGCAGAGAAAUUUUGUGCAUCCAGAUGCCGUUGCCGCCGAAAAGGAGGAGCAAGGAUUGGAUACUUCCAAGGGCAAUGCCAAGAAAAGGGCCAGCGGGGACACGAUUCCGGCUGAUGAGGAGGAUAAGAAGAAGAAAAAAGGAAAAAAGGCUCCGGAGGAGCCCAACAAGACUUUCGCCGGUCGCCCGCCGCCGACAACCACGCCGUUUCUCUGGAGAUUCAAGUUUGCUGCUGAAGCUUUCCAGGAGCAUUUGUCCGGAAAAGUCGCGAUGGCGAAAGACAAAGCCGAGCGAAAGUUCCUGGCAUAUGUGUCCGAGCAGGGCCUCAGCACGAUGACUGAUCAGACAGAAAUUGAAAUCUUCUGUCACGAUAUGGCAGUGGCAUUUCUGCUGCACGAGGUGCCCCGCAAUGGCUCUGGCUUCGAGCUGAUGCUCAUCGACAAAGGAGGCAGCCUGCAGUGCUUUAUCGAAGCCGAGGGAGAGGUCACCUUCGACCGGGUUCAUACGCCGGGUGUGGUCGAUGAUUUCGAGUUAAGGCGGCCACCCGACGGCGACACGGCCCGCCAAGCACAGGCUGAGCUUCGAGCUGCAAAGGUGGAGCUAAUGGAGGCUACUGCAGAGGACUCGCAAGCCACACAGCCCUGGGAUGGAACACCGGCACCCGCUGCCAACGACUUCGACGAUGACGACUUGGAAAAGGAGUUGGAAAGGCUUAUGAGCGAAGAGGACGCCGCAGCUUCCGCCCAGGCUUCUGAGCCUGAAAGCAAUAGCAAGAUGCAGGCCACUACGCAUGGCACAGCAGCAGCAGCAGAAGAAGAAGCCGAGAAGAAAAGAAAAGCAGCAGCAGCAGCACAGGAAGCCGAGGAGAAAAGACAAGAAGCAGAGCAGCAGCAGCAGCAGCAGCAGAAAAGACAGGCAGCAGCAGACGAAGCCGAAAAGAAAAGGCAGGAAGCAGCAGCAGCAGAAGCCGAAAAGAAAAGACAGGAAGCAGCAGCAGCAGAAGCCGAGAGGAAAAGGCUCGAAGCAGCACUAGCCGCAGAGAUAGAAGCAGCUGAUGCCCAGAAGAAACGCCGAGAGGAAGCACUUGCAGCAGAAGCAGCUAAGAAAGCACAAGAGGCAGCAGCAGCAGAAGCAGCAGACACCGAAAAGAAACGGCAAGCAGCUGUUGAGGAUGAAAUCCGAAGAAUGAGGCAACGGCUCCAGGAGCUGACGGGGGAGACGCCACCGACAAUCGGCACGAGCAACUUCAAACGUGCACACAGCCCCACACGAGCAGCACCGAGCCGGAGCUUGGAUCUAUCGCCACUUUCGAAACAACUCAAACAGGAACACGAGGAGGAGGAAAGGCUCAAAAGGGAGGUUGCAAAUGCUACGAAGAAGGCGAAGUUGGAUGAAAUCCAAAGGAAGAAUGAGGCCAUGCGACAAAAGCUCUUGGCCUUGGGCAGCAGUGCUUCGACAAACUCCCCGCCCGCAGCAACUCCGAACCCCAGUGCUUCGCCGGCCCCGGCCGCAACAAAUGCGAACCCCGCUCCUUCGCCGACCCCGGCCGCAACACCUGCUUCGCCGAUCCCACCCCCGCCUCAGGGCCCACCCCCACCUCAGGGCACUGCGACCCCUCCGACAACGAUCCCAGCAGCUGCUCCUCCCGAGACUUCGACGAGUGAACCGACUGCUGCUGAUGAAGCGAACACAGUGGCACGAAAAGAAGCGGCCGCAGCGAUCCAGACGGAUAUGAUCAAGGAGUACAUGGCGAGUGGACAGGACGUGAACAAGGUCACGGUGGGGAUCAUUUUGAAGGAUAUGAUGGUUGAGCAAGAAAAAAAGACAAAGCAGUCUUUGACGAGAGAACAGGUGUUCACGCACUACGCCCCCAACGAACAGAAAGCGAAGGAUGCCAUUGACUUUGCUGUCCAGCAAGGCUGCCGGGACGAUCCGAACUUCCCUGCUGGUUCGGGGAACCUGCUGUACAAUAUCUUCACAGAGUUUUCCGAGACUGAGCUCUUCGAAAAACGUCGCGAGAUCGAGGCAAGCAUCAAACCACUUGCCUCCGACAACAGACCGGAAGCCAAAAAGCUGUUCUCAGAACUGCGACUUAGUGGCAAUUCGUUGGCUUCGCUUCGUUCUGGUUCUCUUUCUUCGAAAAACCCUUAA